AUGGGACAAGAGAACUGGACAGUGGUGACCACAUUCGUCCUCCUGGGCUUGUCCCCUGCCCGUGAAGUCCAGCUCAUCCUCUUCUUCCUCUUCCUGCUCUUCUACACCGUCAUCCUCCCGGGCAACGUCCUCAUCAUCCUCACUGUCUGGGGUGACCCCCGCCUGGGCUCCCCCAUGUAUUUCCUGUUGGCCAACCUGGCCUUCCUGGACAUCUGCUACUGUUCUGUCACCCCCCCAAAGAUGCUGGCUGACUUCUUCUCUCGCCGCAAGACCAUCUCCUACAUGGGCUGCAUGGCCCAGAUCUUCUUCCUCCACCUCCUGGGGGCGGCUGAAGCCUUCCUCCUUCUCACCAUGGCUUAUGACCGCUACGUGGCUGUCUGCCAGCCCCUGCGCUACACUAGCAUGGUAAGCAGGGGGGUCUGCUGGGCCCUGGUGGGGGCAUCUUGGGCAGGGGGCUUUAUUCACGCCAUCAUCCUGGUAGGGUUGAUUGCCCAGCUCCCGUUCUGUGGCCCCAACGUUCUGGACAACUUCUUCUGCGAUGUGCCCCAGGUGAUCAAGCUGGCCUGCACCGACACUGCCCUGGUGGAGAUCCUGACCUUCUCCAACAAUGGGCUGGUCAUACUGCUGUGCUUCCUUCUCCUCCUGGUCUCCUAUUCCCUCCUCCUGCUCAAGCUCCGGGCAUGCGCUCCCCGGGGCCAGAGCAAAGUGGCCUCCACCUGCAUCACCCACAUCAUCGUCGUCUUUGUCAUGUUUGUGCCGGCCAUCUACAUCUACUGCCUUCCCUUCCGCGCUGUCCCCCUGGAGAAGGUGGUAGCCGUGCUGCACACCGUGGUCUUCCCCCUCACCAACCCCAUGAUCUACACCCUCAGGAACAAGGAGGUGAAGUCGGCCAUGAGGAGGAUGGUUGGCAGAUAUGGGUCUUGGGGAAGGGAACUGAGCAAGUAAUCAUAGAAAAUUGCAGACUUUGGGAAUGUUUUUCGUACAUGCAUGGCCAGAGUCUUAUUUCAGUUACACCUGAGCAUAUUUGUACUAUCUAAGGAGUAAAUCUGUAGUAGUGAUAAAGUUAUAGUGGAGUAAAUCACUAGUAUCUAUGGACUAACUGUCUAAUAAUUUUGUUCAAACUAUUGAGUCAUUCUGAAGAACCUCUGGAGCAAUUCUAUACUAAUUUUGUAGGAUAUAUACAGUGUAGCCCAGAUCCUCAAAGCUAUUUAGGUCCCUAACUCCCAUUGAUUUCAACAGCAGUAAGGAGCCUGGAGUUAUUUGAAGAUCUGUGCCUA